UCCAUCUCCAGCAAGCUGGGCCGCACAUUUGUUGUCUUGUCGCGUUGCGUUGUAAAAGCGAAUCGGAACGGAACCCAGUUAUUUGUGCAGUGGGACUGUGGAAAAUGUUGUAAUUCUACCACGAUAGCACGGCCAGUGAUCUAUUCGAGAAAAAGAGAUGUUGCAACUGGCGUAGAGUAAUCGAGUGCCCAUCAUGUCGGACAAGGUGAGCACAUCCCUGGCAGCCCAACUGCAUUCGCAUGCUUUGGCCUCGGCGGAGGGAGGAUCGGCGGCCUGCCAUGCCAGCACUGAAAAGGACCUCCAUGCGCCGCCACUCCAGUUCGAAAUGGAUGCGCCGGCGGCUGCGAUCAGUGCCCAGCUGAACUUCAAAAUCGUGCCCGCCGAGAGUUUGCCCGGGCUGAGCUACCAGGACAUGUUUGCCUCCAUGAACACAUCACAAAUCUCCAAUGCGUCCACGGAGUCCAGCUGCAGUCCGCCCAUCCAGGGUGCGAUUCCACCUCCCAAACCCAGUCGUCACAUGGCCGUUCAGCCGCUGAAUAGCAAAUCCUGCCGCUUUCCCAAGCUAGAGGAGUGCGCCCACUUCCACUACGAACGCGUCCAGCUGGGUCCGCUAUCCGUGCAGCUCCUGGACGACAAAUCGGAGCACAUGGGCAGCAGCAUUGCCUCCCAGUCGAUUGGCGGCGACCUGCCGCACAACUCACUGCGUAGCUUCUCGCCGGAGAGCUGUUGGUUCAUCAUCCGCGUGUGUCCACAGCGCUGCGAACCGUUUCUCAUUAAAAGGAGCUUCGAGAACAUGCAGCUGCUGGACGAGAUGCUGCACAGGUGCGUGUAUGACCGCAAGAUCAGCGGUCUGCGCAACAUGGAGGAACUGGCAGCCGAGCUGCCCAGCGAGUCGGAUGUGGAGUAUGCGGUGGCAAAGUACCUGGAGCGCUUCUCGAAGAUCGCCUCCGAUUCGCUGACCUGCGGCACCAUACUCACCUGGCUGCAGCUGGACAACAAGGGCAGGCGACUCCCAUUGGCGGACGGGGAGACGCAGAGGACCAUCAAUACGCCCGCCGUGGGCGCCGCCUAUGGAGUGAGACGCUAUCAGGCCCAAGCGCCCGACGAGAUCAACAUCGAGGUGGGCGACAUGAUCUCCGUCAUCGAUAUGCCCAGUCCGGCGGAGUCGAUUUGGUGGCGUGGCAAGAAAUCCCAUCUCCAGAAGUCCCUCUACGAGGUGGGCUUCUUCCCGCAAUCCUGUGUGGCCACCAUUGGCGACAAGGUGCCCAGGAAUUUCCCCAUGCCCGCCCCACUCGUCGGCCACCUGGACGCCUCACCCACUAAGCCUGUGCUGCGCAAGCACGGCAAACUGAUCGCCUUCUUCCGUUCCUUCAUCCUGUCGCGGCCAUCUCGCCGACGCUUGAAACAGAGCGGAAUUUACCGCGAGCGCGUCUUCAACUGCGAUCUCUCGGAGCAUCUGCUGAACAGCGGCCAGGACAUACCCAUGGUCCUGCGCUCCUGUGCGGAGUUCAUCGAGAACUAUGGCGUUAUAGACGGAAUAUACAGGCUCUCGGGCAUCACCUCUAAUAUUCAGCGCCUGAGGCGAGCCUUCGAUGAGGAGCGUGUGCCUGAUUUGGGCAAUCCGGAGAUGAAGCAGGACAUCCAUGCGGUCAGUUCGCUGUUGAAGAUGUACUUCCGAGAGCUUCCCAAUCCCCUGUGCACCUACCAGCUGUACGACAACUUUGUGGAGGCCAUCCAGGUGAAGGCCGACGAGGCGGACGAGCGGCUGCGACUCAUGAAGGAGACGGUGCUCAAGCUGCCACCGCCGCACUAUCGAACCCUUAAAUAUCUGGCCGAGCACCUGUACAAGGUGUCGCAGCACCACGAACGCACUGGGAUGACGGACAAGAACCUGGCCAUCGUGUGGGCGCCCAAUCUACUGCGCUCCCCCGCCCUCGAAUCCGGCGGUGUGGCUGCCCUGCGAGGCGUGGGCGUCCAGGCGGUGGUCACCGAGUACCUGAUAAGGAAUUGCCAUAACAUCUUCGACGCCCUGGAGGAUCAUCCGUCGCGGCACAGCAUGGUGGCGAGUGCUGCUGCCGCCGCCGCAGCGGCUGCAAAUGCGGGUGGAGAGCUACGUUUGGAGUCGCUAACAGAUUGCGAAAGUCUGCUGGUUGAGCAGCGCGAGCAGGAUCAAUCCUUGGGCAUGGUGGAGCGUCCCAAGAGUCUGAGCACUGGCGGAGCAAAGCUAAUCAGUCUGGAGGAGGCGCAGGAGAGGCAUUCGCGGGUGGAUGGCGCCGAUCUCAAGCAGUCGCUGCCCAUUAGCAUGCUGACCAGUGCGAGCAGCAAUGCCGCCUCCAACAUUGGCUCCUACAUCGAAGUGGGCGGUGGUCCUUCGAGCCUGCCGGAUAAAUACCACACGGUGCUCUCGGCGCCACGGAGCUGGCAAAAGCGUAAGCCCGACAAGACGCCCUCGUGGAAGUCGAUAUUCACGCGCAGCCAGCGACAGGGCAACCCGGAUCCUGGGCAGAAAAUCACCACGGAUGCCAAGGAUUCGGUUGCGUCGCGGGUGAGCUUCGUGCAGGCCUCGCAUGCGCAUGCCAGCAAGGAGCUGACCAAGCACGACAAGCCCAAAUCGAUUGAACUCCUAGAGACCACGAGCAACGAACGAGAUCCCAAGCCCAUGGACCUGUGCAUACGCUCCAAUUCGAUUGAUAGCCUGCGCACAGUGGGCCAUUCGAGGAGCGUUUCGCAUGACUCCUACUUUGAUUUGCUGCAGUCGCCGCAACGGGGUCACAUGACCACCUGUCCGUCGCGGGAGCUCUCGGAGUUGGGCCUGAAUUUCGACCGCGAGGAGCCGGAAAUGCGCAUCUUCUCGGAGAGCGAAUCCCUGGUUAGCUCGCCGCGCGUGGGCAAGGAAAAUGUUCCACCCGCCAGCGGCUGUGCCACUCGUCGCAUAAUGCGCGCCCGGCCAGAGGAGUUCUGCAGCCAGACGAACAGCGUUAAUCCCAGUCCCAAAAAGCAGCCGCGUCUCAAUCUGCUCUCGCCUAGCUCGGCUAGGACAAUGCCGCCACCGCCGCCGCCGUCAGCAGCUGGCGCUUCAACUUCCUCCUCCUGUGGCCACGAAUCCGCUGGUGCGGAGAAUUGCUGCAAACGCUACAAGCUGGAGGAUCAGUUGUGUGACAUUCAGUUCAUUGACUGCGGAACUCCGGAAACGGUGCCCACCACCCAGCAGCAGUUCGCCAGCGUUGAAGUGCAUCCGCCACCGAAGCCGGCGAGGGCAGCCCAAUCGCCCAUUUCCCCAACGACGGCUGGUUCCUCCUCCUCGUCGACCCGCUACAGUUAUCCCUCGGUGCAGCUGGGUGCCAAGCGAAAGGAGCAGCAGGCUGCUAAAGAGAGAUUUAGCUACCAGGGAACCUUUACGCAGCCAGGAGCGAAGCAGGAGCCUCCAGCUCCAAGGACUGUGAAUGCCAGCAACACAGCGCAGCACAGGAAAUCACGAGUGGAACCCGUUGAAGAUGGCCAGAUCAAGCUCUCUGUGCCCACGCCCACAACUCCUGGUCGCAGUCCUCGCUACUCCCUCUUGCUGUGCGACACUGAAAGCUCCGAGAACAGCUCGGCUGUGAACACCCCACAAUACGACAUGGAGCCCCUCAUGCUGGCUUCGGUCAUGUCCGGUGUGUCCGGAGUUUCUUCCAAUAUGCAGCAGCAGCUGCUUCUAGGAGUAGAUGCGGACAGCAUUUACCAGGGCAGCUCGCACGAGAGUCUGGGACAGCAAUUCAACAACCACCAGGAAGCGGAACAACGUGAUAUGAAUGCUCUUAAGCGAGAGCUAUCCCUAGAUCUUCAACCACUUCAAUCGCGCUUGCCACAGCCGGCGAAUCGAGCUGCCACAUUGCCGGUGAAGGAGCAUUUGCAGGCAGCCGCCGCGGCGGCCAUGUGCUCCUCCCCCAACAACUCCAACUUCACGGACAACACUAGUCAGUCGGUGACGCCCAGCGAGUUUGGCUAUCAGCACUUGCAGCGGCAGCUUAGCAUGCACUCCCUUCUGGCGACCGAUGAAAGUUCGCCGGUGUACGAAGACUUCGAGCAGACGCCCGUCAAGAUGGUGCCCACCAGUCCCAUCAAGUCCACCAUAAGCAUCACAUACAAAUCGCCGGAGAAGGAGAAGAAACCCUCGGCACUUUUGGAGACCAAUUUCGACGAGAACAUCGUCUAUGAGCAGGUCAAGCUGUUCCGCAACUCGGUGACCGAGGUGAAUCAGAUGCUGCACGAACGAUCCAGCCUGAAGCAGAUCGCCGAGGAGGAGCAGCAGCAGGAUGGGGGUGCCUUUAAGGCGGCGGAGAUGACGCAGCAACUGCUGCAGCUGGAACAGGAGCACCAGGAUCACGAGGAGCAGCAGCAGCAGCAGCAGGAGGAAGAGCCGGAGGACGAGGAGCAGUCGCAGUUGCUCUACGAGAACAUUGAGCUGCGAAAACCGAAAACAGUUUACGAAAAUCUACGUGGCGAGGAGAUGAAAUUCAUCACAGAAGAACAAAAGCCGAGCAGUGAUCGAAUUGAACUCGAUAGCCUAGACAGUUUGCCGGACAACAUGGAGCACGAGCAGCACACGUCACCCAGCAAGUCGCCCUCUUUCAGUGUCAAAGAGUUGGCCAACAAGUUCGAGAGUUCGCCGGUGGAGCAGCUGCCCAGCUUUGAUUUCUCGCUGCGCGGCGGUUCGAUGAAGAAGCCGAACGAAUUGAGCGUUCCUAAGGCCAUGCCAGCACCUGUGCCGCUGAAGAAACUGAAUAGUAGUGCCCAGAAGAUAACACGCUCGCUGGAUGAGAAUGCCUUUGUCCGAGAAUUUGGUGGCAAGCAGCUGCAAGAUCUUUCUGUUUCGGGCAAGCUACCCGAGGUGAUGUCAGAGGUCAACAGCCGGCGCAAGAGUUUCGACUUCACGCGGCCCAAAACCCUGAAUCCCCCCAAGCGAUUGCCCGGCAUGAGCAUCACCGAGGAGAUUUGUCAGAAGCGCGGCGGCGAACCGGAACCCAUUACGCCCACCACCGAGAAUCGCAUCUCGCUCAUCCAGCAGAACAACAUGCUGCCCAAGGAGCAGCAGGCGGCAGCUAAUCAGUUCCUGCCGCCGGCGGGUCGAAAGAGCGUGCUCACCGGUGUGAUCCUAGAUCGCGAGCGCAUCGACAAGAUCAAGGAGGAGCGGCGGCAGCAGCUAACGCAGAAGUACUAUGGCGAUACGCUGAAAUCUCGCUCGCGUACGGAACUCAACGCUGAGGACAACUUCCCGGCCGCUGAAUCGCUGCGCAUCAAGUCCAAGUCCCGCGGCGAUAUGCACGCCCUGCAAAAGGACAUGGACAUGAAUCUGAAACAGCUGAGCCGCGUGGCUGGCGGUGGAUCGGAGAGCACCCUGCACAUGAGCUUGGGUAAUGGACAGGAGCCGCUGGGUCAGCAGCGGGUGCGCCGGAUUUCGGACGAGAAGAAUCAAAAUUGUGAUACCAGUAAUGGUGGCGUGACCGCCACUUCGCUGCUCAGUGUCAAGUCGGCGGCCCAGAAAUAUGGAAGCACCAGCAAGGCGCCGGCGAAUAAGUUUGAGCGUGGCCAGCCCAUGCCGCGCGAGCGUUUGCAGCGGAACUCGUUGGCCGAGAGCAAUUCAGGCACCAACAACAGAGAAAAGAUCUCACCACAAUUCUCAAUACGCGACGUGACAGCGAUGUUCGAAUCUCGUUCACAAAACCAAUAGGCUAUAAGGCAACUUUAGCAACUAAUUACAUCGAAUUAAUGAGACCGCUACCUACAUAUAAUCACAGUUCUGGAGCAGCAGUGUAUAUAUGCCUAUAAAUGCAUAUAUAUAUUUUAUUUAGUUUUUAAUCAUUCACUUUUAAGCGCAUUGAAAUUCUCGAAAGUGUUAUUCAUAUACGGCUCCAAAGACAUUCAGAUUUAUAACGCCGCGCAUAUUGCAAACACCAUUUAUAAUAAUGAUCGAUAAUGAUAAUCAUACUGACGACGCUUUGCGCCUUGAAUCAUAUGCAAAAUUCAAUUUUGUUUUGGAGAAGCAUGAAGAGAGUUUAACUAAACUAAAAGACCAUCCACAUAUUACCCCGAAAGUCCCUCGAUCCUAUAAAAUGCAUAUUGUUAUUGCAUUUUAGGCUUUUCUUUGCUUAGUUGUUAAGUUUCAUUCGUUUAACCUUAAAAGAAAAAAAAAAAAGAAUUCAAAAUGUUUGAGUUCAACUUUGAUUUUGUUUUUGCGUGAUUUGUGUCUCGAAUGUUUUUAUUUUCUUGUUUCCGCGACUAAAUUGUGACGCCCGUGUAUCGGAGAUGAUAAUUUUCUUAAUUUAAAAUGAAAGCAUUUGCAACAACUUUGAGCAAGUUGUCCUAAGUUAAUUAUUAUACGAUUAAUUUAUAUAUAUUUUUUAAAACAAUAAACUCAAUUGCAUUGUCACUCAAGUAA